AUGGCGUCUUACAGUGGAGUCGAAGUGUUCGAGGACGACAGGAUUAUCGUCCCAAUCUCGUGUGAUGACCGAACAUAUAUGAAUGUCUUCGAAAGGGAUAUUUUAAAGGCUUUCUUUACAAGUAUGCUGCUGGAUGUUGAUCCUAUGCCUCUUAUUGACUGUAUGUGUAAACGUGGGUAUAUUUCUGAGGCGUGUUUUGAUUUAAUCAACGUAAAACGUGAAAAAUCGCCAUUUCUGUUUUCAUAUGAAAUCCUUGCAAACGAGGUUGCAAAACGUUAUCCAUUAAAAACAUUCGUCUUCAUCCUGUAUUGUGUAGAAUUCAUACAGUUGGCUAACGAUCUUAUUUCAUACUACAAGGAGUACAAUCGUACUAAACUUGUACAGGAAGUAGCGCGUGCCGCUGUAGGUGACAGAAGGCCAAUACAACAGUACUUUAAAUUCAUCAAGAAACAAGUUCACGAAUUCACAUUUAAAAAUCCGCAGGGCGAUUUAUCUUUGAUAGGCGCUAGACUGAGACAACGCAUAGAAAUGGAAGAAAAUGAGGCCAAAAGGCAGCACAUGAAUGACCGGUAUAUUGCGCUAAAAGCUGCAGAAAUAGACGCCCUCACAAACAAGACCGACGAUAUUGAUCCUUAUGGAGGGGCGUUCAAAGACAUUGAAGACGUUCUCGACGAAAGCAGCAAUCCAAAUAUAUCUAGGGUCCUUUUGUAUGGACGUAAAGCAGACGUUUUGUCCUCUCUUGGAAAACAAGACGAAGGAAGAUGCAUGUUGCAAGAGGGGUUUUCAUGUGCCAAUGCGACGGACACCUGCAUCGAAUCAAUAGACAUGAUCUACAAGAGCGUUGUUUUUCGUCUUUCUGAAUUAGAGGAGCAUCCAUCCGAGAAAAUAAAGAAACUGCUACUGGCUGAGGCAAGUCGGGGUAUCCAAGACCUUAGCAGGGAAGAUGAGGAUGUGAAAAUAUUCUGGAGGAGGCUUUUUAUAUUGAGAAUGAUCUACUGUCAUUUAGGUAUUGGAAAACGCUGCAGGAUGAUACCAUGUUAUGAAGUUUCCGUGGAAUCUGUGAAAGAGGCAGAACGACUUCUUUUAUUGGAUCCUUUGGACGAAUUGGAACAUCGUCGCCAAAUGAUGUACGGUGUCGCCAAAGCUCGUUUAAUGGAGCUCAAGGGUGACAUGUCCUCUGCCUUGACAUUCAUAUCUAAAGCAGUGGAGAUUGCUAAGGAAGGAAAAUACAAUGAAAUGCCAAUGAUUUGUCAUUAUCUUUCACAUCUUACACAGUUAAAGGCCACAGAACAGCUGAAUAUGGAAAAUAACAAUUCUUGUGUGUGAAACCCAUUACUUCAUGGGCAUCUAAACGAAUGCAUAUGUAUGCUUUCCUUCAAUGAAAUAUAUUCAUAAUGCUAA